AUGCCUACUCAUGAUGCCAAAUACAGAGAUGAGAUAAGUAAAUACUAUUCAAAAUUGAGUAGUUUCACGCGAAUUACAGGUCAUGAUCAGUUAGUGGAGGUUAAAAAGACUAAGCGUGCAGAAAAGGCAAGAUCAAAGUUAUCAAGCUUAUCAACCAGACAAUUUUAUGAAUUGAAUGUUGACGUUAAUGAUGAACUUGAUAGGCGUAUUAAUGAAACAGGUACUGAAACUAUUACAUUGAAGGAUGGAGAAAAAGAGGCUGUCGAAAAACGUAAUAAUGCCAGAAGGAAGUUGGCAGCAUUGAGUGAAGUUAGAUUUGAUGAGUUAGUCAACGAUUUAAUUUCUGAAAUUGAAUUAAGAGGGAUGGAUAAAAUUGUGAAAACUGAAGAAGUAGAGCAAAAGGAAACGGAAGGUACUUUAGUUUCCAGUUUCAAUAUGUCAGACUUGGGUUCUAUUUCACCUCAGAAAGUUAAUGAUAGAGAAGAGAGUACUGAAGAUAGUAAGGUAGAUGAGGAAGUAGAGGAUAUUUCACUAAAAGGAAGCGAAGAAAAUAUGAGUCUGAUAGCCACUCCCAACUCUCCAACGACCGCACAUUCUGGAAAACGUUUGCCAAAACUAGAUAACGAUUCGAUGAAUAGGGACGAACCUGCUGAAAUAGCAAAUGAUAUUGUACUUCAGUCACCAGCUACUAAUGAUAACGCUGGAAACGUCAUUAAGUCAGAUCCGUAUUUCCAAACAUCUCAUAUAAUCCCAAUUAAGGCAUCUGUCAAUUGGUCUGAUGAUGAUGAAGAUGAAUCGCCUACAAAAAUGGAACAAGACAGUAUUGGAGACAUUGAGACGCCGGAUCAUUCAAUUGGUAAAAAUAAUGCACAUUUUAUUAAGACAACCCAGAAUGAUGUGGCGUAUGAAUCUCUUUUGAAUGAAAAUAACAUAUUAAAACAAGAACUACAUAUAUUAAAGAUGAAACAGAAUGAUACAACAGCCUCGAAUUACCUAUCUAUUUCUAGUUCUGAAAUGGGUAAGAUGGAACGAUAUAUUGAUAAUGAUUUGGGAUAUAUUCCAGUUCAUCUUGCUGAGAAAUUCCAUGAUACAAUUGAUUACUUCUAUAAGACUAUAAGUGAGCCACAACGUACGUUGAUGUCUACCAAAAAUAAUGAUGAAUCAUCUCCAGAUACGACGUUGUUCAAGAUAAUUUUUCAAAUAUCUAAAAUUUCUUCCCAAAUUAUCACACUAGUUGAUAUCCCAAUAUUUAAACAGGAAAUUAUUCUUCUCAAGGCUGCAAUCUCUCAAGCAAUUACUACAACUCGUUAUUAUUCCAUGUAUGGUAAUCUUUUACCUAAAUUGACAGUCCAUGCUGCGAUUUCAGAUAUUUCCUUUUCAUUCUGUAACUUAAUCAAGAUGACAAAGCUUAAAACAGACAGAGAUCAGUUUCAAAGUCCAAUGCUAUCCGGGGUCAAUGACACACCCGUUUCUACUUACAGAUUUACUAAAGAUUUACUAAUUCACAAUACCAAUGAAGCUGAUAAAGUCCCAGUUGAGGCAAAGCCAUUGAAAUUGGCGAGGAAUUUGAAAAAUCACAAGGCAGAGUAUCUAGAAACGCCAUCAAAAUUAAAAAUUCCUGUCAGAAAUGAGAGUAGGAGGAGAUCAAAAAGAUCAUCUUUCAGAAAAUCUAAACAGCUCAAUAAAGAAAUAGCAACACCACAUAGGAAUCCUAGUAGGCCAACUUCUAAAACUACAAACGCUCUUCGUGAAUCUAGUCAGGAUAGUUUUGAUUUUAAUAAGACCCCAACAAUAUUACAAAAUAAUUACAACGGUAACAAGUCUCCAAUUAAUCAUACCGUUUCGAGGAACACGUCUAUUUCUUCGUCUCUAAAUUAUGGAGAACCAAAAUCAACGUCGACAUCAAUUGAUUCUAGAAAAACUUCGAAAUCUUCGUUAAAAAAGUGGAAUAAUAACAACAAGAAGGGGAAGAAUAACCAUGAAAAGAACAAUAACAAUACUAGUAAACCGGUAGCAAAUUCGCCAACCCCAACUAAGACCUCCAAAAAAUCAGCUAAACGAUUUGCGGAUAAAAUUAAAAACUUCGGUAAUAAUAAUAGUCUUGGUCUACGGAUGAUGCCAAGUGAAAACCCAACUAAAGUAAAGUAG